CUGAAUGGUUAAGACCUCUUAUCUGAAUUGAUCAGACAUUUGCCUCUGAAUAGUUAAGCAAUAUACUAGCUCUUAAUGGUUCAGACCUCUUACUGGUUCAGCACUUAAUGGUUCAGACCUCUUACUGGUUCAACACUUACCUAUUCAAAAGUUGUCAAACAACCUCUAAAUCUGAAUCUACCUAUCACUUGACAUCUAUUUACUUUUAAUUGACCUAUCAAAUCUUAUUUUUACACGUCACACGAACCAAAGUAGUAUUGUGUAACAAUAGUCUAACUGCUUUGAACCAUGAUCACAAAUGAAGAGAAGAAGACCCAAUCCAAUCUCCCUUUGGGUUAUCCGAAAAACAAGGAAGUGAAACCCCCCUCGAAUGAGAAGAAGAAGAAGAAAAAGGAGAAAAAGUGUGGUUCAUCAAUUACUAUGCCAAGGGGAAAGGGAAUGUUGUUGUUGUACAUGCUGCAAAUCUACCUUCGGAUGCCUUAAGGAUUUCUUCUUGUGCAAUAUUUGAAGAGCAAUGCUAGAGGGUAAAGAAAUACGGAUGACGGAGGAUAACCCCACAUCGGCCUAGGGCUGACGUCAGCUGGGCCCCUCGCCCACAUGGAAGAUCGCUGUGCUCGGCCAGCCAUGGUGGAAUGGUCUCGGGAGUCUAUAUGGGGCAGAGCUAACAAGUCUUUAACAUCUUAAUCGCCGGCAGCUUCAUCGCCAACACACAAGGCGCGCGGAGAGUUACCGGAAGCGGGAGAAUCAAAAUGACGCAGACUAGGACCAAAAGUGCUCUCCAAUCAUCAAUGUGUGCCAAUCUCCUAUCUGCACCCGAACCACUUGGGAGUGGUUCGCGGCUCACGAUCUCCAAGAUCUUACCCACUUUUCCCAGAAGCGUGAUGGCCAAACGGACACUCUUUCCCCGCUCUUCUAUGCUGCUCUGGUGGCAUAGCGUGCAUAUAACGUGAGGCAGUGGUUUGUAGAAGAAGAAGAGACUGACAAAUGCGGUACAUGGAAUUGGCUGCCAAUAUCUUUGUAGGCCACUUUAAUGGGGAUUCUGCUAAAGAAAUGAACUUGAAGGUCCUCGGGAGCAGAUAAGAACGAAGCAUGGCUUCCGCGUAUACAACCAUGCUCAAAAGGCAAAAGGCUCCAGAGGCCGUGCAUGUCACGGAGCGCCCCACCACGAACUGGGGGCUACAUGUAAGGGCCAUCAUCCAAUAUGUCAUCAGAUCAUCUCUCAGCCCCUCAAGGACUGAAAGUGCAGAAGAAACCAGGAGCAGAAGCAAGAUGAUCAUAACAAACACGACCGCGACAUGUUCUUCCCAGAAAGCAUAUAUAACGCCAGUACCCAGUUGGAUCCCUAUGUUUACCACGACCGUGAUCACGAAAAUCCCCCAAGCCAUGAGAUUCAUCGCGAGGUCUUUGGGUUUCAUGGCUCCUAGAGAAGGCAUGAAAUUUGACAUGACUGUGCAGACGAAGGCCCCACUGCUGAGUUUCGCGAGCUGGUCUCCGUGUCGUGGCAUGGAGCUGUUGAGAUCGACUGACAGCUUGGUCGCGACUGCCACAAGAGCCAGAGUGGUGGCGUUAAGAGAGAAGAAAUUGCAAGGGAACCAGAGUUUCUUGUAGCGCAAGCCAUGGAAGGCGUCCCCAGCCAUGGCUGCUGCACAAGCUGCAGAUGCUACUGCCACGUAGAUUCCAAUCCACGGCAUUGGCUCGCUGUACUUUGACUCGUCUAGGAUCCCAUCCGCCGUGCAGCCCAUCGGCAUCUCCCCUCUCUUUCCUCUUAUCUGGUUCUUGGUUGAACUUUGCUCACUGUGUUUGGUUAUG